GGACCCCAGCAGGAACCAGAGGGUCUUUGGAGAGGUCACAGGUUGUCAAGUGGGUGAGAACAGGGCGGGGCAAGUUCAGGACCAGCCAGGGCCUGGGUGUUCAGUCAGUGGGAGAGCGGAUGCUGGCACCAGUGCCAUGCUGGGAUCUGCAGGCAGCUGCAGCCACAGCCUUCCGGGGCUGAUUUCUGGGCAUGGAAGUGAGAACCAAAAGCUGGGGCAGGGAGCACCCUGGAGGGAUGGCCGGGGAGCAGGUAGAGGGCCAAAAGCUGGAGUGGGGGCAGGAGGUGCUCCAGCAGCAACUCCCCAGAGUGACGACAGCUCCCCAGGAGCCCCCCGCCCGGCCACUCCAGGCGGGCAGUGGAGCUGGCCCGGCGCCUGGGCGCGCCAUGCGCAGCACCACGCUCCUGGCCCUGCUGGCGCUGGUCUUGCUUUACUUGGUGUCUGGUGCCCUGGUGUUCCGGGCCCUGGAGCAGCCCCACGAGCAGCAGGCCCAGAGGGAGCUGGGGGAGGUCCGAGAGAAGUUCCUGAGGGCCCAUCCGUGUGUGAGCGACCAGGAGCUGGGCCUCCUCAUCAAGGAGGUGGCUGAUGCCCUGGGAGGGGGUGCGGACCCAGAAACCAACUCGACCAGCAACAGCAGCCACUCAGCCUGGGACUUGGGCAGCGCCUUCUUUUUCUCAGGGACCAUCAUCACUACCAUAGGCUAUGGCAAUGUGGCCCUGCGCACAGAUGCUGGGCGCCUCUUCUGCAUCUUUUAUGCGCUGGUGGGGAUUCCGCUGUUUGGGAUCCUACUGGCAGGGGUCGGGGACCGGCUGGGCUCCUCCCUGCGCCAUGGCAUCGGUCACAUUGAAGCCAUCUUCUUGAAGUGGCACGUGCCACCGGAGCUGGUAAGAGUGCUGUCGGCGAUGCUUUUCCUGCUGAUCGGCUGCCUGCUCUUUGUCCUCACACCCACGUUCGUGUUCUGCUAUAUGGAGGACUGGAGCAAGCUGGAGGCCAUCUACUUUGUCAUAGUGACACUUACCACCGUGGGCUUCGGCGACUACGUGGCCGGCGCGGACCCCAGGCAGGACUCCCCAGCCUAUCAGCCGCUGGUGUGGUUCUGGAUCCUGCUCGGCCUGGCUUACUUCGCCUCAGUGCUCACCACCAUCGGGAACUGGCUGCGAGUAGUGUCCCGCCGCACUCGGGCAGAGAUGGGCGGCCUCACGGCGCAGGCUGCCAGCUGGACUGGCACGGUGACAGCGCGCGUGACCCAGCGAGCCGGGCCCGCCGCCCCGCCGCCGGAGAAGGAGCGGCCACUGCUGCCUCCACCGCCCUGUCCAGCGCAGCCGCUGGACAGGUCCCGAUCCCCUUCGCCCCCCGAGAAGGCUCAGCCGCCUUCCCCGCCCACGGCCUCGGCCCUGGAUUAUCCCAGCGAGAACCUGGCCUUCAUCGACGAGUCCUCGGAUACGCAGAGCGAGCGCGGCUGCCCGCUGCCCCGCGCGCCGCGAGGUCGCCGCCGCCCCAAUCCCCCCAGGAAGCCCGUGCGGCCCCGCGGCCCCGGGCGUCCCCGAGACAAAGGCGUGCCGGUGUAGGGGCAGGAUCCCUGGCCCGGGCCUCUCAAGGGCUUCGUUUUUGCUCUCCCCGGCAUGCCUGGCUUGUUUGACCAAAGAGCUCUCUUUCCACGAGACGGAAGUCUGGGGAGGAGGCUACACUUGCCUCUCCGCCGCCCCCCCGCAC